GAUGCUGCAGUCGCUGGCGGGCAGCUCGUGCGUGCGGCUGGUGGAGCGGCACCGCUCCGCCUGGUGCUUCGGCUUGCUGGUGCUGGGCUACCUGCUCUACCUGGUCUUCGGCGCCGUGGUCUUCUCGUCGGUGGAGCUGCCUUAUGAGGACCUGCUGCGCCAGGAGCUGCGCAAGCUGAAGCGGCGCUUCGUGGAGGAGCACCAGUGCCUGUCGGAGCAGCAGCUCGAGGGCUUCCUGGCGCGCGUGCUCGAGGCCAGCAACUACGGCGUGUCGGUGUUGAGCAACGCCUCGGGCAACUGGAACUGGGACUUCACCUCGGCGCUCUUCUUCGCCAGCACCGUGCUCUCCACCACGGGUUAUGGUCACACAGUGCCUUUGUCAGAUGGAGGAAAGGCCUUCUGUAUCAUCUAUUCUGUCAUUGGAAUCCCUUUUACACUGCUUUUCCUGACAGCAGUGGUGCAACGCAUCAUAGUCUACGUCACCAGGCGGCCAGUGCUGUAUUUCCACAUUCGCUGGGGUUGGUCAAAGCAGAUAGUUGCCAUCAUCCAUGCAGUAAUUCUGGGCUUUGUUACCGUCUCGUGCUUUUUCUUUAUCCCAGCAGCGAUAUUUUCUGUCCUUGAAGAUGAUUGGAACUUUUUGGAAUCUUUUUACUUUUGCUUCAUUUCUCUGAGCACCAUUGGCCUUGGUGACUAUGUUCCAGGAGAAGGUUAUAACCAAAAAUUCAGAGAGCUGUAUAAAAUAGGAAUUACAUGUUACCUGUUGCUGGGCCUCAUUGCAAUGUUGGUGGUUCUAGAGACUUUCUGUGAACUUCAUGAACUCAAAAAGUUUAGGAAAAUGUUUUAUGUGAAGAAAGACAAGGAAGAGGACCAAGUGCAUAUAGUAGAACAUGACCAACUGUCCUUCUCUUCAAUUUCAGACCAGGCUGCAUCCAUGAAGGAAGAUCAGAAAGUAAAUGAGCCCUUUGUGACUCCUCAAUCUGCAGUUAAUUGUGACGGCUGUAUAAACAAUUAACCAAGGGCUUCUGUUCCAAUUUCAACAGUGCACUUAACAUUCUUGCAGUUAGAACUAGGACUAUUUAUGAAACGAUAGAGGCAGGAUGGCUAUUCUAUAUUAUCCAGUAUUCAUUUUGGGAUAUUUUACAAUGUAUGGGCCAAGUAGAGCUUUCUUUAGGUAGAUCUACAUUCUGGGAAUAUUGGCUAAAAUGUAGUGUGCAGCUGGGAAACCCUGGAUUCAUGGUAUAUGCAUGGAACAUAAACAGGUGAAGCUAAAUUUGGAAACAAACAAUUCAGUUCUCAUUUCCCACGCCUGUUAAGUCCUUUCCCCUUCCCACAAAGAAAACCUUUGUCUGUUGUUGAAAGACUAGGAACUUUCUGAUGCCAAGUGCAAGUUCUGGUUUUGGAACAUGAAUAGAAACUGAAGUGUUUGGAAAAACUGUUUGAAAAAGUCAUCAUGCUUUCCAGGCAGUGCUGAGUGGGAAGGGAAGAACAUUGUAGCCACAGCACCACCAGGUAAACAGGAAUAGUCUGCGCCAGAUCUCCUUCAGUGAGAUUUCCUAUUGUGUGGGUCAGUGCACAGUGGAUUAUGCCUAUACCUGCACACCCCACAGAGCCUAAAGUUCCAGACCAAGUAUAUUUUAUCCGUUCUGUGUGGCCUCCUUCAUUGUGAUUCUUGCACUCAGCUGCACAGUCAGGCUCUGUAAGGAUAAAGACAGACAGACAGACGUUCUAACGUGUGAUGGGAAGUGGUUUAAAUAUUUAUUUGCUGUAUGCCAAGCAUACUUUGAAUGUAUGUCUCAUUUCACUCUUAAGUAUAUUCCAACCUAUAGACAUUGCUGAGCAAGAAUUCUAAAUCUGGGUGCUUUCCUCCUGGCCUUAAAAAAAUAGCAAAAGGGUGUUUUGCAACUGAUUUCAGUGGUUAUAGGAUCAGGGACCCAUGAACACCAGCAUAUACAGCAUUGCAGGCACAAUAUAGGGGAAAGCCAUCUUCCUUAGCAUUCUCACACACCCCUUUGACUCCUAAUUGUCCCCUAAAGGCUGUGAUUCUAAAAUCGUUUAUUCCUGAGUGGUUUCAGAAUUAUGGCCCUACCUGUUCAAAGAAGUACUAGUUGAGCUGAAUGCGGAAGUAUCUAGACUUUUAUGAAAAGAGAAAAAUACUUGAAACUCUAUUACCUAAAAGCACUGUAUAUGAGUUCAGCUAAUAAUACUUAGUGUUUAUUAAUAGAUUUUAUACCUUUACUAGGAUAGAUGACUUUCUUGAUAAACCUGCUUUAAAAUCUAUGUGAGCUGAAAUUUAUAUUUAAGAAAACACAACUCAGAGAUGCUUCUUAAACUUGAUUUGACUCAUAGUGUAUCUGCAUGUCCUCAUCAAAGUGGCUAUUUUUGUACAUCCUAAGCUGGUUUUGUUUAUAAUGUUUAACCCUUUUUGUGUACAUAAAUAUAUAAAUAUAUUUAUAUACUGUAUAUAUGUUGGAGAUUACCAGAAUGUAACUGUGUCAGUUUUGAAAUUUUAAAGAUUUCUUCACCUACAGAAUUCUCUUUAGAGAGAAGAAAUAAUGCAAACUGUGGCAUUGAAAACAGUGACUUCAAUUCUGACCAAAUGAAUGUGGAAGGAUAUGUUUGUACAGCUGCAAUGUUAAAAUUCUUAUUUUUUAAUAGGCCCAGCCCACCCCUCUCAGUGACACUCCUCCAAGGGAGCGUGAGUGCUGCAGCCUUCAUAUUGUACUGUACUAUGGGAUUCUCUUUCUCACUGAGGUUCUAUUGACAGUUGGUGCCUGGAAGUGGUACGAG